AUGGCAAAAGACUUUUAUGUUUUAAGUGUAAAAUUUGAUUCUAUUAUUAGAAAUAAAGCUCUCAAUAAUGCUUCAGUUCAUUAGGCAAUUUUGAAUCUAUCCAACAUGUAAACGAUUCUAAUAAAUGGGAUGAUGUAAAAUAGUCAAGAUAAGACUUAAUGAAGAAAUAUCAUCAAUUCAAGACUAAUGAAGCAAAAUAAACAACUCUUUCUACUUAUUAAUCUUAAAAAGUAAUGAAAAUAUAAUUGUAGGUUCUCAUUCCAAAGCUUGAGAAUUUUGACAUUAAAUUAAAUAUAAAGAGAGAUAAUGUAAUGAAAAAUAGAGAUAAAGAGAAUAUUAUCAGUUCAUAAUAGAAACAGUAAGAUAAACCUGGAAUUAGUAGUUAAAGAAUUAGAUAAGAAUCUGUAUAUGAAAGGUAUAAAAAUAUUUAUAGAUAAAGAUUAUAUAAUUAAAGAGAUGCAGAAAAUAAAGUUGGUAGAACAGUAUAAAAGAAUCAUAUAUUAAUCAAUAAUUCAAAUUAAUAAUCAAAAUCAAUAUUAGCACAUAAUACUUUAAUUUAAAAACGAUCAUCUGAUCCAUAAAUUUUAAUGCCAAUAUCCUCUUUGAUUAAAAAAACAUAAAAAUAAUAAAUACUUUAAUAACAGAAUCAAAAAAACAUAUAACAAUAAAUGUUUCAAGAAUAAAAUAAUAAUUAAGAAUUAUUUAGAGUUAAUAUCAGUAGAUAAUAAAUUAGCAAUCCUGAUAAUAAAAAUGAGUACUCUAAAUAAAAUUAGUCUAUAGAAUUUUAACCUAAUGUUAAUGUAUCACAAUUACCAAUUAAGCAUUGUUAUUUUUCUUUAAUAAAUGCAGAAGAAAGUAAAUAAAAAUAUUAAAAUAGAGUUAUAAAAUAAAAAAGUGAGAUCUUAAAGUACUGAGAAAAUUAAAACAAAAUAAAGCUUAAAAUCAUAAAAAGGAAAUCGAGCACAUACAUAAGGAAAAUAGGAAAUUAAAAAUUAAUAAAAAAUUAAUAGAUUAUACGAAUAUAUUUUGGAAGGGAAUUAUUGA